AUGGAUGAGUUGAUCGAGGAGAACACAAGGUUAUUGGAAUCAAUGAUGGGAAGAAAAGUAGAACCUGAGGCGAGGACAAUCGGAAUCAGUCACCUGAACACAUCGUAUUCCCCGGUUCCGACGGAUUCUCCUUUGCCGGGAAUCGACAAAAAACGAGUUUCUCUUGCUGACAGUUCGAAAAUCGGUGCCAAGAAGACUUUGCUUCAAUGGGUCAAAACUAACAUUACUGACAAAUACGGGAUCCCUGUAAAAGAUUUCGGGGCCAGCUGGCGUGAUGGCAGGGCAUUUUUGGCCAUCGUUCAUUGCAUCGACCCGGCUUUGGUGGACAUCACUAUGCUGAACCCACAAGGGCCUUGGACCAAUAUGACCAGACUGGAAACGGCUUUCAAAGUGGCUGAGCGACACCUUGGAGUCUCUCCAUUGAUGGACGCUGAAGAUGUGGAUGUGGCGAAGCCGGAUGAAAAGUCCAUCAUGACCUAUGUCGCACAAUUUCUGCACAAAUACCCGGAUUUGGCGUUAUCAAGGAAGAAUCAGCGUUACGCAGUUUGUGAAAUUUUGACGAAUUAUUCUCUCCGUCAUGUAGCUGAUCAAAGUUCUAUCGGCAAGGCUGAGCAUGAAUACGACGAUCUAACGUAUUGGCUGGCUGAAGUUACACAAGUGCUGUACUCAAUUAAGCAGUCACCGGGUGAUGAAAACGCCCAGAAGAAGUUCGCCAUGUUGAGGAGAGAAAUUGACGAGAAAAGGAAAGAAUACGAGCAUCUGAAAACCUUGGCGUUGAGUGGACAAAGCAUGGUUUCGAUCACAAUUGAAUCUUGGACACAGAUCCAGCGACAAUGGGACCAGCUAAACUAUGAGUUGCACAAUCAACAACGAGCAUUCGAUUCAAAACUGGAAGGCAGGAUUGGAGCGAUCGGGGAUUGGAUUUAUAGAGGAGAAGCUUUAGUUUCCGACGUUGACUCAUUGUCAAGAUCUUUGCUCUCCGGAAAUGAUCCUGGAUUGUCUUACAAAAGCGCGUCUCAAAAACUUCAAGAUCAUCGGGCGUUCUUUGCGGAGCUUGCCCGUGUCGAGAAAGAAUUAGCGAAUGUGAAAUCAAAGCCUGAAGAAUGGGCAGGAGCAAGUGGGGAACAAAUUGCCGACUUGCAUCGGAGGAUUCUAGCCCUACCGAGACCUGCGAAUCGAAGAGAAGUUCGAUUAUUUUAUAUCGAAAGGAAGUGCUUCCUGCUGUGGUUUUUGCUGACCGCUGAAACGAAGCUUCGAGAAUGGACGACUUCGUACGGGAAAGAAUCACGGGUUCAAGAAAUGCUUGAAGAUUACGAGCGAUUUGUUUCGAAUCGGAAUGUCUUCCAGGAAUUCGACAAAGCGUACAAAGAUUUGCAAAAGGCUUCCCAGCUGUACACCGAUGAGUUCAACCCUGAUACUGAAGAAGCACGAGAAAUAUCAAGAAUUAGCCACGAAGUUUCCGAUCGUUGGGCAACUGUGUCGGUCGAAUUGCGAUGUGUUCACAGUUUACUAGAAAAAGUCAUCAUGUUUUGGAGACAUUAUUCAAGUACGGCCGAAAAUUUGGAAUCUUGGCUGGACACCGCUGCCGCAAUGGUCAAAGCGGACGAGGAUCAGAAAAUGGAGUUUUUCAGGGAUCUUCCGGAAUGGCAAGAAAGUCAUCAUUCGCUCAACGAAGUCGGUCGAUUUUUGGCAGCGACUUGUGAAGACAGAGUUGCUGAAGAAGUGGACUCCAGGCUCAAUCAAAUCAAUGACCGCUGGGAUGCCGUUUACCCCAUGGUGAGACACUAUAUGCGAAGUGGCGAAAUUUUGAGGACGAAAAAAGAAUGGGAAGGUGGCAGAGCUGAGGUCAGUGACUGGAUCGCUAAGGCUGAUGGUUUAUUGGGUGCCAGACAUCCGCCGAACCCAGCUGCUCUGGCUAUUUACCAGGAUCAACUAAAGAAAUUACAAAGUGAAUUGGACAGAAUACAAGAAACAUUGAGGAAAAAUAGCAGAGUUUUCCAACUUUUGGUGCCAGAACUUCCUCCGGACCACGUUCAUGAAAUGAUGGGUUGUUUGAAGAAGCAUAAAGAGGAUCUGGUACGAAUCAAUGCCACGAUUCCGACGAGACUGGUCAUGUUGCAUCAACUUUCGUCACAACGCGAAGCCAUUGAUUCCGGGUUGAAGGAAGUUUCCGAUUGGAUUGAAGAAGCCAAGACUCGUCUGAAGACUCAAGGGGUUUCUGGGAACGCAGAAACCCUCCAAAGAUCGUUGGAUUCCCACAGGGUGUUCUUCUCGCGAGCUCCGUAUUACAGGUCAAUUUUGGAGAGCAAAAACGCGGUAUUCAAUGGGUUGCAGAGAUCAACAACUGAUCUGGAUUCCAGCCUCGAUUUGUCGGAUGUCAGUCGAGAUAUUGAUGCUCACUGGGAAGAAUUUAAUCGGGUUUGUGCUGAUGCCCAAGCUGCUGAGCAGGCUUUGUAUAAGGCUGUGUGCUGUUGGCAAAAGCUGAAAGACACUUCCAGGGAUGUCAGCGAUUGGGUGGAAACUGCCGGAAGAUUUUUUCGAGAGAAAACCCCGGAAUCCCGCCAGGGUUUGGACAUGCAAAAGACAUUCUUCGCGCGUCCGAACGAACAUCUGGAAGCCCAGUUGACAACUGCACGCCAAGAUUUAUGCACUUGCUUACCGGUUGCUGAACAUGGGGAUAUCAACAUGGCUGUGCAGAAGCUGAUCGAUUCUUGGAGUGAGGCCAAAGCUUAUGCCCCACUCCAUGUCCUGAAGCUUGAAUUUCGUUUGGAUGAAAUCACGUUCAACGAUUACCUCAAAGAGGUCGAUCGACAGUUGUGCCAACAGGUCCAGAGUUUCAGCCAAAACGAAAGCCCAGAGACCAUCAUGUCCAAGCAUAAGGCAUUGUUUGGCUGUGAGGACGGAUGUCCUGUGUACGAGUGCCAAGUGGCAUUGGAGAGCAUGGAGAGGCAUCUUGCUCGGUCUUGUGCCCACUUCUCUGGUCCAAAACAUGAAAUGGUCCUUCAUGGGUUCCAGGCUACAGUUCAGAAUUGCAAGGAUGAAUUGGAGAAGAUGAGAACUAGGGCUCAUGAUUUCAUUGCCAGAGUCAGUCAUGUUCCCGCCCAGUGGGAAACUUACCGGGAGAAGUUUUCAGAAAUGGAAACUUGGAUGGAUGACGUGAAUGUCUGUCUCAGUCAAAUAUCCAAGGACUUGUUGUCAAUUGAAGAGUUUGAAGGACAGCGUGCAAAACUGCAGGUGGGUUUCGAAUGUGACGGCAUAUGUCGGGAAGUGGAGGCGAAACGAGAGGAAAUGAAGCGUCUGGUGCAAAUCUUGGACAGUUUACUCAUGUAUGCCUCCGAAGCUCAGGCUGCUGAUGAGCAGAGCAAUCUUGAAGGACUCAUUUCCCGUUACCGAUCGUUGGUUCCGUCAAUUGAAGCCACGCUGACGAAAAGCGAUGUUUGGUCAAAGGCUUAUGCUUUCAAAAGAGAAGCGAACGAGCUUUGUAAUUUCCUGAAUACGGUGAAUCCUUUGGUGGACGCCGCCGAGGCUUCCGACAGUCUUGCAAUCGUUUCCGAGUUGAAAGAAGACUUAGAAAAAUUUGCGAACCAGGUUGAAGCGAAACGAGAGGCUCUCAUCACAUGCAUGCAGCGUGGCAGAGAUCUUAUCAAGGAUCCGCAUGUUCCAACAUUCGUCAAAGACGAUCUCUCUAGCCUCGAAGAAGGCUGGAACGUUGCACAAAUGAACACAUUGCGAGUCACGGAGAAGCUGAAAAGCACUGCAAAGUUGUGGAGUGAAUUUGAAGCGAAGAAAUCAGAGCUCUUGCAGCUUCUCGAGAAAGCCAAGGACGAGUUGAAAACGUCAGCGCCUCGACACGACCCUGUUAAAGUGAUAGCCGAAUUGCAGACAAAGAAAUCUCUUCUCUGUCAACUCGAAGAAGGAACUACGAAUUUGAGUCGCCUCGAAAACCUCGCAGAAGCCUUAAGCUCUUCAUCAGAGUCCCCAGCGAGUCUUCAAACCCUUAUGACGUCCUUUCAGUCUCGUUUGGAUGCCGUAAAAAGGGGUGUGGAGGAACGAAUUGGUGCCUUGGAAGAGUAUUCCAAAAAGUUUUCAGAGUUCAGCUCCGAGUUGAGAGCGAUAAAGGAUUGGAUGCUAGAAGCGCAGAAGAUUUUAGAGUCGUUGUUGAUGAAGACUGGACCUCCUGCUCAAAGGGAGGUGAAAAGCCGGCAGCUGAAUGCUGAUGUUCGUGAUAGCUUGCUCAAAGUCAGUGAUUUAGAAAAGCGUGCUAGAGAAUUCAUGCUAGGUUAUCAUUUCAAGCGCAUGUUUUUGAUGAUAGGUCCAGAUGAAUCCGUCCAAGAUUCUGAAAAUGCUGUGCUUCCUCUGUCGACUGAAAUCUUGGGGGUGAAAGAAGUGCUUGUAAAGUUGGUGGAAACCGUGGAGCUGCAGCAUAGAGUGUCUGCCGAGGAAUUGACUCAAUGGGAAGGAUUCCAAACCGGUUUAGAAACUGUCCGUCCGUGGCUUGGCCAAGUUGAAACGCAGCUCGUGGAAGGCAUCCCUAGAUUCACUACCUUGAUCGAAACCAAAAAUGCUUUGGAAUCCUGGAAGGUGAUUAAUCAGGAGUGCCUCGAAAAGCAGAAGACUCUGGUGCUCUUGAAAGCGAAAUCAGAGCAGAUGCCGGAAAGUACCUUGGAGGAAUUCGAUUCCUUGCAGUGUCGCUGGGCAUCAGUGAGAGAACAAGCAGAGAGCAAUUUGAAGACCUUACAAGAACUGAAAGAAUCUUGGGAGAAAUGUUUGAAUGGCAUCGAAGAGCAUAGAAGUUGGAUAGAUUCCGCCAAGUCCAUUCUUAUCAGCUGUUCUGAAACUGCUGUCGGAGAUGUCGCCUCUAUGGCGGUAAAAAUGAAGAAUCUUUGCAAAGAAGCUGGGGAAAGGCAAGCAAGCCUGCUGGUGCUUUCUCAAGACGCUGACAAAGUUGCAUCGAGGCUGAGCUCUGAGGGGGCAUCAUCUUUGAAGAAUGAAGUAGUUUCUCUGCGAAAUUCGUACAUUGAGUUAAUCCAGUCCUCGAGAAAAAUUUUGAAAAGUCUCACUGAGCUGGUAAUGGCGAGGGAUGAUUUGACGCACAGAAUGCAGGAUUUCAAGCAAUGGCUGGGUGUGAGACGAGCAAGAGUUUUAGAGAUCAAUGAAAUUCCUUCGGCAGAUAUAGAAACCACCUCUGGGGAACUCGGGUCAAUUUUGAGAGAUAUCACGGAUCAGAGACCAGUUUUCGCAAAAUUGCGGAGCGAUGCCAAGAAAGUGCAGGACUCCGAUGGUGGUUUGCCUGCUCUAGAAGCUGCGAUUCAAGAAGAUCUUGAUGAAACGGAAGCGCUUAUUGAAGCCAAACGUCGUGCGAUUACCAAGUGUCAAGAAAUACUCCGUUGGUCAAAAGAUACCGAAGAAAAACUCGAUCUUAUGCGGAAACAUCUUUAUGCACCGUUGGGACCGGAUGAAUUCUCGCUAGCUUUGGGAAAAAUUGAACGGGAUUUAAGCCUGAUUGCGGAGCACAUGGAAUCGAAACCGGGUGAAAUCCGGAAUUGCGAAGCCUUGAGCGAAGCUGCUUCUUUGAAAGUCAUUUUAACCGACGGAGAAUCACUGCAUCAACUCGGGGAAAAAAUCUGCGCUCUUGUCGCUGUGAGGAAGAGAGAGGCUGCUGAACGUGGAGAAGAAUUCAAUGAAGCGAAAUCGGACCAUGCUUCGUUUGAUUCCCUGCGAAACGCUCUUCGGCAGCUGAUCGAAUCAACCCUCGAAGAAGUCAAGACCCUGAAACCAUCCCAAAACACCGCACAAGGCAUAAAACAAGUCUCGGAAAACGCUCUCCAGAAAAAACGCGUGCUCGAAUCGAAGAAGCCGGAGAGCGAAAGAUUGCAAACCCUGUGUGACCGAAUCGGGUCUCGGGAACCGCGUCAGAAAUCCUUGUUGCAAGCCGAAAUCGACGCCUUGUACACUCAUUGGCUGAGAGCAGACUCCAAUGCCUUGGAGUUGUCCGACAACUGCCGUCGGAUCAGUGCGAACUGGGAACAAGCCAACGAAUUCGCAGAGACUCUUCAGCAGUCUUUAGAAAAAGUUGCGCAAACCUUGGCAACGACCGAAGCCGCGUUGGACUCGAAAAACGCCGUUGUUGCCGACCAACAAACCUGCAAACAGAACUUGGAUUUGUUGAAGCGAAUCCGAGCUCAAAUUGAACAUUGCGUCGGUCGCUUCUCACAUAUUCAGCAAGCCUUGGAAUCCAUUCCUCAGUUGAGGUCGACCCAGAUUUCAAGCCCGUGUCCCGCGUUGCAGAAAAAUUGGCAGAACCUGGUGGAUUCCAUCACGAAGCGGACUCAGUCUAGGGACACGUUGAUCGUUAUCUUGGAAGACAUCGAACAGCAGAAAGAAGAGCUUUCUCCGUGGAUAGAGAAAAUGAACUCCGCAUUAGUCAAGUCUCAGGACUCGGAAUCUCUGGCGAUUUUCCUGGAGUCCUUCAACGCUGAGCUCCCUGUUCACGAAAGCAUAAUGACGAGUUUGAACGAGAAAAUUGCCGACAUUUGCAAAACAGGAGCAUUUAGCGAAGUCAAGCGCGACAUUGACAACUUGAACAAAGAUUUGCAAAAAUGCAAAGCGUCGGCGUUGGAUUCCACGUCGAAACUCGAAGCCCAGGCAGGGGAAGAACGUCUCAUUCGAGAAAAGCUGCGGGCUUUGAAUGACAGAAUAUUGUUGUCGAAGUCGUCAUUGAUGAAGCUUUUGGAGCCGACGACAAAUGAGCAGUUGUUGAUGACGAGAGUCGCUGAUGCGAAACAUGCGCUGACGGGAAUUGAGCCAGAAAUGGAAUGUCUGCAAGCGAUCAAAGGUGCGAUUGGAGUAUUCAAGAAGCAGCACCCUACGGAGCCCAGCAUUGGAUUGCUUUCCAAGGAUGCUGAAAAUGCGGAGAAGAUUUUGCAGGGAUGUAAAGCACUGGCUGGCAAGGUAAUUUCGACAUUGUCCUCGGCCCUCAUGAAAAAGCCGACGGAAGAAGUCAAAGAAUUGGAACGGCGUGCGAAGGCCGCAAAAGAUAAACUCAGUUGGCUCGACACCACUGACAUCCCUGACUUCUCUGCAUUGGAAGCGAAGAUCAAUUGGGUCAACGAUCGGAAAGACGAAAUCCGCGUCCUCGCAAACGAUGUCACGAGCACGUCCAAAACACUUUCGAGACUGCAGUCAAACGACGUCUCAACUCCGGCCUUGCUCGGAAAGCUGAAAGCUGACCUCGCAGCGACGCAGCAAACAGUUGCAAAUGUUGCUCAAGAUACUGAGACCGUGACCGGUAGGUUGAGUGCGUUGAAGGAUCAGUGGUCAGAGUUGCAGGACUUGGAGGAACGGUUACAAGGGGACAUGAAAGCGCUGCAGUUGGAGUAUCGCCAGUUGAGUUCUGGUAGCACUGAUGCGAGUAUCGGGGAUGAAAAAGCUGCGGAGUUGUGUGAGCAGCUGCAGGCGAAAGUUGGGAAGUUGUGCGCUGAUGCCGAAGUCGUUGGUGAAAAGGCCAAUGCUUUGGUGGAAGCGUGUCCUGGCUGCGACGCUGCUCAGACAGUUUCCACCAUUGCUAGCAAAUGCUGCAGCAUGAGCGCCAGUUUGUCAGACUUCUCCAAACGCCUGAAUCAACGUGACUCAGCCCGUCGCUCAUACGAAGCCGCAGUGAUAGCAGCUCGGAAAUGGCUCGUCGCCUACGCCGACCGUCUUCUCGAAUUCGAAACCCUGGACUCAUCUCUGCUCCUCACUGUCGACCCCCGUGGUGGAGGCAAACCCAGCCUGGCUUGCCAAGCCAAGCUCAAUUCCCUCAAGGACUUCAUCAACGAGAAAUCCGCGGGACAAGAAUUGCUGAACACUGCCGUGACUUGCGGUGAAGCGUUGUUCGGAGAACUCAGUGUGCCAGCGCGGGAGAAUGUUCGCGAAGAACUUCGAGGACUGCGAUCCACUUGGGAAACGUUGCUGGACAAGCUGAAUGGGGUGGAGAAGAAAUUCGAAAGCGUUCUUCUUCAGUGGACCUCGUUUGACGAUUCGUUCAAUCAAACGAAUCUUUGGCUGCAGGAUAUAACACAGAGAAUCGGCGUGUCCAUGGAAGCCAAGGCGAAUCUACUGGACAAGAAGCUCCAGUUUCAGAAUCUGAAAGUGAUUGGACAAGAACUCGCAUCGCACAAGAAGAUCAUGAAUAACUUGCAGGAAAAGGGGCAGGAACUUCAUGCUUCUCACGUUGUUGGAGAUAUGGAGAAACUCGUGAAGCAAUAUGAAGAUCUGUGUAGAGAUGCUGAAAGAAGAAUAGCCGUUAGUGAGAAGCUGGUGAUGAAUCACGAAGAUUAUCAGCAUCGACUCGAACGAUUUGUGGACUGGAUGAACUGUCUCAAGGGAGAAGUGAGCUUCCUCUUGGAGACCAGUGCAACUGGAGCUGCUUCGUCCACUGGUUCAGAAACGGAUGUGGUUGAAAGUAUGCUAGAAGUUGUCAACGGUGUUCUGAGUAAAAAGGAUGAGGGACAAAAACAGCUCGAUGGAUGCAAAGCCUUGCUUGCCUCCGUCAAAACGGAAACUCAUGAAAGUGGGCGUCCGUUACUUGAUGCCAAUUUUGAUUGCCAAGUUGAGGCCUGGAAGCAUUUGCUGGCUCAGUGUGUGGAAGCCAAAGAAAGUGUUCAGGCGCAAACGUCAAAAUUCCAUACCUUGGAAACUGGUUUGAGUGAUUUGACAGCGUGGCUGAAGAACAUCGAUCGAAGGGUGAAGGAACAAUCAGCCUUGAAGCCGUCUGCGCAAGCGAAGGAAACGCAACUGGAUAAGUUGAAGCAACUUAUCAAAGAGCUUGACAGCAGAGCUGCGGACGUAGUCAGAAGUGCCGAAAAUAUCCGCAGUGCUGUCAGUCCAUUGGAACUCGCCGAAUCAAAGUUGAACUUCCAGGCAUCACAUUUGAGCUCUCGCUUCCAGCACCUGAAAAAUCACGUCAAGGAUUUGGUUGGUCGUUAUGAAAACUUCGUUAAAGACCACAAAGAGUUCGACAAAGCCUAUGAAAAUUUCAACAUUUGGCUAGCUGGCAAGCACGACAAGCUGAAGAAACUUUCCGAAAUCGUUGGAGAACGUCUUUAUCCGCAUACGGCUGCUGCGGGAAGAGACAAAAUCCGCACUGAGCUGCGCGAUUUGCGCGAUCGAUGGGACGAAGUCGAAGUUCGACUCGGUGAACUGCAAAAGAAACGAGAAGUAGAAGCUCAGCAAAGAACGAAUCUUCAAGACAGCUUGCAGCAAACCAGAGCCUGGAUGGAAAGUAUGGAGAAAACCGUAGCUCAAGACGUGUGCAAUGCGGUUACGCCUGCUGAAUUACGAUCUCGCUUGGUCAAGAUAAAAACUGUUCAGCAGGAAGUUGCUUCCCAUUGGAGACUCAUAGAGAACAUGAAAAACAAGGCUGAGAAAACUACACCGAGUGCUGAGAUCGCAGAGACAAUCCGGGAUCUCGGAACCCGUUACGAUAAUUUGACAGAAACCAUCAAGAAAAGCAAAGCUGAUGUGGAACAGCUUCAAGAUGUCCUGACCGUGUAUCAAGAGCAAUUGCAAGCUCACCAGCAAUGGAUCAACGAUCACAAUGAUUGUUUGACUGCGUUAAAGGAUUACACGGGGUCCAAGCAAGUUCUGAAGUCUCGCCUCGUUGCUGUCGACAACUUUAACACGGAAUUAAUUGACUGGAAACGAGCUUUGGGAGACAUGGACUCAACUCUGCAGACAAUUCUGAGGAAGCUUCCUCCUCGGUCCCGAGAAUCCGUUGAACGCGAGUUUUCCAACAUCAAGUUCGAGUUGGAAAAGUUGGAAGGUGAUCUCGUGGAUGUGCGACAAGAGUUGGAUGAACGGCUGCGUCAGUGGGAAGAGUAUGAGCACAGCUUCGAGCGCCUUCUGUCUUGGUUAAACGAGUCAGAAGGAUCCUUGAAAGAAUUUGCUCCGAAGUCGACCUUGGAAGAAAAGGAACUUCAACUCAGCAAGUAUCAGAAUCUGAUGAAUCGUCAACCGCAAGGUCUGGCAAAGCUGGAGAAAGUGGUUCAUAUGGGAGAAGUGCUGCUUGCUUCAACAUCAACUGCUGGCCAAGAGACUCUGGCGAAUGAAAUUUCAGCUCUGAAGGCUUCUUUUAAAAGCCUUUUUGAUGAAAUCGAAGCGCAGAAGAAAGAGCUGGAAGGACUUCUUUCUCAGAUGCGAGGUUACAAGGACGAGUAUGAACGGAUCAACGACUGGUUGCAGCAAACUGACGCCGACAUGAAAGCUGCUCGUACCAUGUUGCUUCCGAAUUUACCCGAAAAAGAAAAGCAAUACUUGAAAGUCACGCGGCAAGUGGAGGAACUUGAAAGUCGGCAGGAUGAAGUUCAACGGCUCAGUUCAUCCGCAGCAACUCUCUUGUCGUCUCAUCUGGAUUCUUACAUUCAGUCGCAACUGCGGCAUUUGCAAUCUCGAUAUCAGGUUCAAGUGAACCUUGCGAAAGACACUUCGCAGAAGGUGACUGCCAUCUACCAGCAUCACAAGCAGAUGGAAGACAAUCGGGCUGCUGGAAUGACUUGGAUAGAUGCUGCUAAAGCCGUUAUCCGGGACGGAGAGGGUCUCAGUUCUUCUAGUCGCAAAGAAGACCUGCUGCAGCAUCUCCAAGAUAUUCAAGUUAGCAAUCAGUUAAUCGCAUUAUUUUACGCCUUAUUUAUCAAUCACCUUAUUUUGCCGCUUUUCUUUAUCAGCUUCGAAUGA